CUCUCUGCUGCUGCUACUGGCAACAGUUUAAUACUGAAAGAACUGGGCCUGUAUCUGCUUCUUAAUACUCGAGUACUUGCUCUGUAACACGCACUAGAAUUACCCAAGCUGUGCUCAUUAGACGCGCCGCAGUAACGAGUAGAGCUGACGACACCGCACGUUCUCCACGAGCCCCAUACCUCUGCACUCGACGAUACCCACACUCUCAUCCACCGCUUUUGUUGCCUCUUCUUUUGCUGCUAGUAUUCUCGACUAAUGACCUCCUACCCGGUCUUGCCAUCUCGGCCUAUAUACCCACACAUCCAGUCCAAAUGUCCCAAAUGCAGCGUACAACUCGAGUUCCCUGUCCCCGAACCUACUCCUGCAUUCGGUACUUUACUGCCGGUUAGAUGCUUCAAGUGCUCGGGUAUCUUGAAGUAUCCGUUCUCCAACAAUUCGUCGCAACAGAAUGGUCAGACUGACAGUAACCUUAAUGGACAGCAAAGUUCGAGUUCUAAUUCUGGGUCGGGAUCGGGAGCGAAUGAUUCGUUAGGCGGGAGGAGAGGAAGAAAGAUUGGCACUCAGGAGAACCCACUUGAGACUGAGUAUUACGAUAUACUCGGUGUACGUACUGAUGCGACGGAUGAAGAGAUCAAAAAGGCAUAUCGUCGAGCCGCGAUCAAACACCACCCAGACAAGAAUCGAGACGACCCCACCGCAGAAGAACGUUUCAAGAAAAUCGCCAUCGCCUACCAAACUCUUUCCGACCCCGCCCUCCGAAGAAAAUACAACGAAUUCGGGUCGAAAGAGAGCGCACCAGAGGGUGGGUUCGUCGAUCCUGAGGAAGUAUUUUCAGCGAUUUUUGGUGGCGAGCGAUUUGUGCCUAUUAUCGGAGAGAUUAGUCUGGGGAGGGAAAUGAAAGCGGCACUGCAGGAAGCAGAUGAGUAUGAACAGACUCAAGGAAAUGCGAAUGGCGGGGAAGGGAAGAAACGACUGCGGGAUGAGAAGGGGAACGAGAUACUGAGUCCGGAGGAGAAAGCACGCAAGGAAGAGAAGGCGCGGAAAGUGGCGGCUGAGAAAGCGGCCGCACGGGAAGCAAGGGUGCAGAAGCUUGUUGAGGAGCUUGAGCGCAAACUGAGUAUAUUCACUGAGUCUGCCACGGGACCGAACGAUCGAGAUGUCACAGAAAGUUGGCGAACGAUCUGUGAACUUGAAGCUGAGGAGUUGAAGAAAGAGAGUUACGGCCUGGAGCUCCUACACGCGAUAGGGUUCACCUACUCCUCAAAGGCAAAGCAUUAUCUCGCCUCAAGCCAGACGUUCCUUGGUGUCGGUGGGUGGCUGCAUAACGUACAAGGGAAAUACCAUGUAUUUUCGGAAACCUUCUCGACCCUCAAAUCCGCACUCGAGCUGAAGUCCGUCUUCGACCAAAUCCAAGCGGCAGAAAAAGCUGGCAACCUCACUCCUGAAGAAAAGAAACGCCUCGAGGAAUCCGCAGCAGAGAAGGGUCUACAGGCGUUAUUCAAGGGAGCGAAGUUGGAGAUUGAGAGUGUACUUAGGGAGACGUGUGAUCGAGUUUUAUCUGUGGGUGGGAACGUGGAUGAGAGGAAGGUACGUUUGAGGGCGAUUGCGCUGCAGAUUUUGGGAGAGGCGUAUAUGCGGGCCAGGAAGGAUGGGGAGAAUGAUGGACCGGGCCCGGAGCAGUACGUGAAGAUUAAUGCGAGUAUGGGUGCGACUCCGAACUCGAAUACCGGUGCGGGACAAGGAGCGAAUCCGAAUCCGAACUCGAGAAGGUCUCGUACGUUUAGCACUGCAAAUCCGGGGCGGAGUUGAUACGAUUUGGGGGCAAUGAAGGAGGGGUCAAACUCAGAAUGAGAGAGAAGAUGAACCAUUCGAUUCGCAAACGAACGAUUCGACAUUUGUACGACAUGCAAAUGUAGCAUAUGUACUUUUGCCUGCACAGUUUACAGUACAGUAUAGUACAAUCACCAAUGUAUUCUACGACUAGAGCAGCCUCCCUGUUUUCCUCCCUUUCAAAAAUGCAAUAU